CUCUGUGUGCUGGGCCCGGACAACUCUGGGGCACAGGGAGCGACCGAGGGACCGGCCCGAGCUCCGACACCCACUGAGCACCUGAGACACGUCAGAGCUGCCUGGCAGGAUGCGCGCAGGGCCCCGGCUCCCCCCUCGCCUGCUUGGCUGCCUGCUCCUCGCUGCCUGCCUGGGAGGGUGCCUGGGUGCCCCCCCGGCCCCCGCCCCUGCGCAGGGUGGGCGUGCAGCCUCCUGCCCCCAGAACUGGCACUUAUUCAGGGGCUACUGCUACGGGUACUUCACGGAGCGGCUGACGUGGGAGGAGGCCGAGGCUGAGUGCGAGCGCCACGGGCCCAUGGGGCACUUGGCCUCCAUCCACAGCAGCGGGGCCAGCCGCGUCCUGGCCACGUACGUGAAGAGCCACAGGGAUGGCGCCAACACGUGGAUCGGGCUCCGGGAUGAGGAGCACUCCCGGCAGUGGAAGUGGUCAGAUGGUUCCACCUUCAACUACAAGAGCUGGGACAGGGGACAACCCAACAAUCUCUGGGACAUAGAGGACUGUGUGGUGCUGGACCAGCUUUCGGGUUUCAAGCUGUGGCACGACUACCCCUGUGACAACAGGUUCCCCUUCCUGUGCCAGCACCGGCUCUGAGAGGCUGUGCCCUGGGAUGGGGGGACCCCGAGAACCUCCCCUGCUGCCUGCACCCCCUCGUGUACUCCCAACCCUGCACCCCCCCGUGUACCUCUAUGAACCCCCCCAUGCACCCAGUACCAAUAAAGCUCGUUCCCAGCACCCAG